AGUGACAAYAGUCGGUGCAAGAAAGAUAGAUGAUGAAGGAAAUCCAAUGAGCGACGUCAUCGAUGUAGACCAUUGCAUCACUUCUGCCGAUUGUGCCUUUAACGGGGAAUGUAUCAAGAUCACCCAGGCCGAAACUACGUUAUUCGACGGGAGACACAAAAACAAAAACUAUAACAYGGAGGCAAGAGUCGAUCCAGAGGCACCUGGUUUGUGCGACUGCUUUCCUGGAUGGAAGGGACGAACCUGCGAGGUUUUGGACCUAUUACCAGUCGAUCCCAAGCGAAUCGGUCUCAAGCUCCCGGAUCGGAAUUCGAGUACGUGGGGAGGAUCGGUCGUGUACUACGAGGACCAAGACAAAGACAAUACCAACGGCCUCUAUCACAUGUUUGCCUCAGAGAUCAUUUACAACUGUGGUCUCUCUUCGUGGACAACGAACAGUCAGGUGCGUUUCGUCAGGAGGAAAGAGCAUAUGCUCUCAAUCUCAGAAUAUUACGCGAGAAACAACGGAGCAGGCAUGACAUUUCAAAAAAAAUUCUUAAUAUUAUAUUUAACCUCGUGAACUAGAAGAGGCGCUAUGUGAACCAGAACCAGAACUUCUGGGGAGAAUAAUGCGCCUAGCUGCUCCAAGGGGCGACGCCUCCCUCCGAGGAGUGGUUGUGGAGGCGCGACCGAACAAGCAUGACGUAUCAAUCUGUGUCACAACUUGUUGAUAUAGUGAUUGCCUCUCAAUUCAUUCGUUUCCUCCCUUGUGAAUCUUAUGCUUUAGGUCAUACGAGCUGUAUCGGAGUCUCCCUAUGGACCCUAUCGAAAGGUUCAAGUGAUUUUGCCUACAUUUGCCCACGAUGCCAAUAUUAUCAGAGCUCCAACCGGAGAAUUUGUGUUGUACGUUACGGCCCUGAGGGGUAUUGCACCAAAGGACUGUCGUCAUUCCAGCGAUGCAGAAUCUGUUUCUCGUCUCUCUAUUCUGCACCAGAUGCAUGGUAGCAAUACCACAAAGAUGCGGCAUCUUCGCGAACCUCUGGUCAACGGCAGCAAGAAUGAUGAUCAUGAUAUUCCGCCGAAGGACACGUACAUGCUUUGGGCACCAAAACCCGAGGGACCUUGGUCAGAACCCGUGAUGGUCCUAAAUUCGACCAUUUACAAUUCAGAUUACUGGAAAAAGUUCAACAAGACCGCCAAGUGCGAUUCCAAUCUGAACGGGAUUAUUCUACCCAGCCGAAGUAGUGGCGGCGACCAUAAUGCCUUACACCGUCACGAUGACAGCGGAGCUCAGCCMUUUCUUGGCCUGUGGCGAAGGUGCGAGACGGAGGACCUCCUAACCAUCCCUCAUGCGCUCUUGGCCUCUGAUUGGAAGAACGCUUCCACAUAUGCUCCACUCGCCGAGACACCUCUAUUUGUUCUCGCUGGUUCAGGCGCCGAAGACCCCAGUAACAUCUGGACGACACAAACCUCUGAUAUGAAACCGGGCGAGGUGGCAUACCAUGCCUUGUUUCACGACGAGCAAGCCACUCGUUGCAUGCUUGGAUCGUGCGGUGGCCAGGGACGGCACGCCGUGAGUCUAGACGGGACCACCUGGAAGUACGCCAAUGUCAAUGCAUAUGAUCGACACUUCAUGGUGGGCAGCAAUUCCUCUGUCCUGACGCGAGCCGACACGAGGGCCAGACCACACAUCAUUCUGGCCCCAUCCACAGCCACAAAAUCCGGAACGCAUCGCCACCAAAGACCGGUGGCCCUCUCGACGGGCAUAAAGGAAACGGACGAAGACGGCUACGUAUAUACCCUGGUACAGCCUCUCAAUACGGAAUAAUCGAUGCAAGUGUUUGUCCGACAAAGAAAAUGCUGCAAAAGCGGAUGCCAAUGGCGCAAUAAUGGUCGUGACACCGAACGUAUUGCAAAUCAUGAAUCAACCUUAAACGAUUUC